GAAAUGCAGGUUUUGUAUGUGGCUUCUACUGCAAUUAUGAGUGUGAUGGCUACCUGUUUGCGGUCCUAAUAUUCCCAUACAGAUAUAUGCAUGCUUCAGGCAAUGAUCCAGUGGUAGAAUUCCCAAAAGUAGUGUGGUCUGCAAAUAGAAACAAUUUGGUUGGAGCUAAUGCAACAUUGAAGCUCACAGGAGAAGGAGAUUUGAUCUUGAAAGAAGCAAAUGGCACUGUAGUUUGGUCAACGAAUACGUCUGGUGAGUCUGUUGCUGGUUUGGGAUUGACCGAGACAGGAAACCUCAUAUUGUUUGACAGCAAUAAUUCUUCUGUUUGGCAGUCUUUUGAUCACCCAACAGACAGUCUCAUUCCAGGCCAGACAUUGGUUUCCGGGCAGAAAAUGAUUGCUAGUGUUUCAGAAAAAAAUUGGUCUGAAGGUUUUAUUUCAUUUUAUGCUACCAGUGAAGGUAUUGCUGUUUGUGUGGGGACCACUCCACCUCUGACAUACUUUUUCCGGCGUGUGGGUAACACUGGAAGUAUAAAUGUUUCAUUCACUAAAAGGGGUCUCUUUCUAUCUUCAGACGAGCCAAUUUGGGAGUUUCCUACUGCAUCUUUUGCUUGGUACAUGAAGUUGGAACCGACAGGGCAAUUGAGAUUUUAUGAGUGGAUUAAUAACAGCUGGAGGGCUUUGCUUAGUCCCUUGCUAAGGGACCUUGAUUGUCUAUACCCUAUGACAUGUGGAAAAUACGGAAUUUGCUCAAAUGGGCAGUGCAGUUGUCCCAAACCAGCUGACGGAGAAACAAGCUAUUUUAGGCAAAUAAGUUAUAACGAACCCCAUCUUGGGUGUUCUGAAAUUACUCCCUUAUCUCGUGAAGCUUCUCAUUAUCACAGUCUUCUUGAGCUCAAGGAAACUACAUCUUUUCCUUUUCCGCCCGAACAUGAAGCCAGCACCGAUAUUGAAAGUUGCAAGCGUGCCUGUCUGAAGAUAUAUUCCUGCAAAGCUGCUGUGUUUCUGACUGCUGAAGGUAGCGGACUUUGCUAUCUCCCAUCUGAAAUCUUUUCACUGAUGAAUAUAGAAGUGUAUUCUACAUUAUUGAAUUCGACUACAUUCCUUAAGGUGCAGAACGUCCCAAAAAAUGAGCCUCCUCCAGCAGGCACUGAUCUCAUUCCUGGUUCUCCCCCACCCUCAAAAAAGACCAUAAGCAAGAUUUCAGUUAUACUGUUAUUAAGUUUAGGAGCUUUCUUGUGCCUGUUCCUUGCUGUUAUUGCAUGCUAUUCUCUAUCUUUGGGUUUCAAAGAUGCCAAGGAAGAUGAGGAGGAUUAUCUGCACCAAGUACCAGGAAUGGCUACUAGGUUCUCUCAUGAAAUCUUGGUAGUUGCAACUAAAAAUUUUAGUCAAAAGCUUGGUAAAGGAGGAUUUGGUUCAGUCUUCAAAGGGAUUCUGAGCGAUGGAACCCAGGUUGCAGUGAAGUGUCUGGAUGUUUUUUGUCAAGCUAAGAAUUCCUUCUUAGCUGAGGUUGAGACAAUAGGUGGCAUUCACCAUAUGAACUUGGUAAGACUGGUCGGAUACUGUGUCAAGAAAUCAGAAAGGCUCCUCGUUUAUGAAUAUAUGUGCAAUGGGUCCUUGGACAAGUGGAUCUUUGACAGAAGCUCGGGGCUUGCUCUUGACUGGCAAACCAGAAGGAAGAUCAUACUCAACAUAGCAAGGGGUUUAGCUUAUCUCCAUGAAGAAUGCCAAAAGAAAAUAGUGCACUUGGAUAUUAAACCCCAAAACAUCCUCUUAGAUGAAAAUUUCAAUGCAAAAGUUUCUGAUUUUGGAUUGUCCAAGCUAAUUGACAGGGACCAGAGCCAAGUGGUGACGACCUUGAGAGGAACUUUCGGGUAUUUGGCUCCAGAAUGGUUCAGCUCUGCAAUUACAGAAAAAGUAGAUGUGUAUAGCUUUGGUGUUGUGACCCUGGAAAUUUUGUGUGGACGGAAAAAUUUGGAUCGCUCUCAGCCUGAGGAAGAUAUGCAUUUGUUAUGUCUUUUUAAACAAAGGGCAGAGGAAGAUCAACUGUUGGAUUUGGUUGAUAAGAACAGUGAGGAUAUGCAGGCCCACGGAGCAGAGGUUGUGGAGAUGAUGAGGCUUGCUGCAUGGUGUUUACAAGGUGAGGUCACUAAGAGGCCUUCCAUGUCCGUGGUGGUGAAGGUCUUGGAGGGGGUGAUCAAUGUUGAAGGUAAUCUGGAGUACAACUUCUUUUAUCCAGCAGUCCCAAUAGGGACCGAAGCGGUUGGUCAUAGGGAGAAUAAUGUUAUCAUUGCCUCUCCCCUAUUGCCCUCAGUUCUAUCGGGUCCCAGAUAA